UUUCUUAAAAUUGGGCCAAUGGUCCAAUUAACCUCUAUGGCCGAAUACAUUUUUUAUGACCAGGAAUAUGUUAUGUAACCAAACACCAAAUCCUAUUCACUUUUAAUUUUUUUUCUAUUUUUUAUUAUGUAAAUACCAUUUGCUAAAAAAUAAAAACAAUUCAUUUCUCUAUUUUUUUAAACGAAUUAAUUUCUCUAUUCUAAACCCUAUUAUUAAAGAAUUUUCCCAAUAAUCUUAAUAAAUAAUUCAUUUUCUAUCUAUAGUUUUUCUCUUCUUUUUUUGGCACUUUGGUAUUUUUUUUCCUAUAACAAUAUUUUUAUUUGAAUAGAAAAUAUAUAUAAAGAAAAUUAUUUUUAUAUAUAAUAAAGAAAAAGAAGAGGGAAAAGAGAGAGAGAGAGAGAGAGAGAGAGAGAGAGAGAGAGAGAGGGAGUUAAGUGAUGAUGAAAAAUCAGAGAGAAUCAAAACCAUAUUGUUGGUUUUGGAGGUACAAAAGCAGCACAUCUCUACUUGGCUCUGCAACAAAAUCUCUGCUUCAGACCAAAUUAUAACAAUUUCCUUAAAACCAAUCACAACAACCCCUUCCUCUCUCUCUCUCUCUCUCUCUCUCUCUCUCUCUCUCUCUCUCUCUCUCUCUCUCAUGUAGAGAGCUUAAGCUCUUCUUUUUCUUUAUAAUGGAAAAUGAAGGAAAACGAAAAGUUAAAGAAGAAGAGCUGACUAAAGACGAGAAGGACGAAGAAGAAGAAAUAAGUAAACUGGUUUUGGGUAUAAUGGAAGGUUAUAGUGACACUGUCAUUCCACCAUUGUCACACUUUAAGCCGUCAUCACUACUUGAAUCCUCCGCCAUUGUUGUUGCUCAACAGGAUUCAACCUCCAAAAAGCGAGCUAGAACAAAAUCAAUUCCUGAAAGAGACAGAAGAAUGAAGAUGAAUGAGAGCUAUGAUCUUCUUCAAUCCUUGGUCCCGGGUAUUCUUCCCAAGGCUUCAAAGGAUAAGGUUCUUCAUGCAGCAACUGAGUACAUAAAAUACCUUGAAGAGAAGAAGAAAAUCUUGGAAAAGCUCAAGGAAUCCUCUUCUUCUUCUUCCUCCUCAAGAUCAAUGGCAGAAAAAGGGAAGCUGAUUUUGCCAUGUACAAGUAGUAGUACCAGAAAUUUAUCUGUGACUGUUACAUUAUCUGGUAACAUUGCCUUGUUUGCAAUACAGAGCCUAAAACGACAGGGUUUAGUGACUCAAAUUUUCAUGGUAUUCCAUAAGCACUUGGUUGAAGUUUUGGCUGGAAAUGUUGUAGUCCACCAUACCCAAUUGACUAUUACUGUCACAGCUUUUGUGAAUGGUAAUGGAAGCAAUAUUGUAGAGGAGAUUAAGAGAGACAUUUUGAUGUUAUAGAGUUUGAAUUUUAAGGGUAUAUAGGGAUAUGAAUCUUUGUGGAGUGUGGUUCUUAGGACAGUGACAAGAAAUUACUUAACAAAAGAACUUGUUCAUAUUAACAAAAACAGGCUAAUGACAGGAGUUAAUGGAUUCAAUAUUCUCAAGGCCAUGUGAGGUUGAGCCUCAAGCUGAA